AUAAAAAACUUGCACAAAGAAAACAUUUUCCAUCUGUUAAUUGGUCAUUGAGUUAUUCAAAGUAUCUUAAAGUUUUGGAUUCUUUUUAUGAAUCAACCGAACCUGAAUUUACCACUUUAAGAGAUAAAACUAAAGAAAUUCUUCAAAAGGAAGAAGAUCUUUCUGAAAUAGUACAACUUAGUGCACUCGGAGAAGCUGAUAAGAUUACUUUGGAAAUAGCAAGGAUUAUUAAAGAUGAUUUCUUGCAACAAAAUGGAUAUUCUUCAUACGAUCGUUUCUGUCCAUUUUACAAGACGAAUUGGUUACUUAAAAACCUGAUCGGAUAUUACACAGCAGCAACACAUGCUGUUGAAGUCACUAAUAAUGAAAUAACAUGGUCAAAAAUCAGAGAACAUACAGCAGAUCUUUUAUAUAAGCUUAGUUCUAUGAAAUUUGAAGAUCCUGCUGAUGGCGAAGAUGUUCUUAAGGAACGUUAUCAAAAACUUUAUAAUGAAAUUCAAGAAGAAUUUAGACAUUUGCUUGAAUAG